UGCAACGGUGCGGGCGAAUUAUCAGUCAUUUAAAGAUAUAAAAGACCGCAUAUCAAUGCCGCGCCGCCGUGUAGCGCUCCGAACUCAGUAAAAAGUCGUCGUCGGUCUUCUUCACUACACACCGUAAAACUCGUAGUCCGUAGCGCUGCGUCUAUCGCGUUGGGUGUUGUGUGCAGUGUGCGUGCACCUACUUACCUAGCUCGUGUCCAUACUUCUUUGUAACAGGCUUGGUUGCUCGACGAAAAAGUAUACAUAUGCUUGACGUAGUUAUUGCGAAUUGACUUUAGGUACCUUGCCCGAAGGGCCAAUCAAUCGAACAUUAAAGUGUCGUUGCUUUGCAUCGAUUUCUUCUUGUGUUGACGUUCGAUCCUGAAAACAUCAGUGUCUCCUGAGGGUUGUAACUUAAACUCAACAUGAAAGUCGUUCGGCCGAGAGUGUUCUUCGAUGUCGAAGUGGGUGGAUUGCCAAUUGGCCGAAUCGUGUUCGAGCUGUACUCGGAUGUUUGUCCAAAAACAACUGAAAACUUUCGAGCUUUGUGCACCGGUGAAAUGGGCAUGGGCCAGACCACGGGCAAACCUCUCUGUUAUAAGGGCAUCGUUUUUCACAGAGUAGUGAAAAAUUUCAUGAUUCAAGGAGGAGACUUCUCCGUCGGCAAUGGAACCGGUGGUGAAUCUAUCUACGGUGGUACCUUCAAGGAUGAAAAUUUUCACUACAAACAUGAGAAGCCAUUUCUGCUAUCAAUGGCAAAUCGUGGAAAGGACACCAAUGGGUCACAGUUUUUUAUAACGACUCAGCCAGCUCCACAUUUGGAUAACAUUCAUGUUGUUUUUGGUGAAGUUGUUUCCGGUCAAGGAAUUGUAUCCCAUGUCGAAGGACUUCCAGUUGAUAGAAAAUCUAGGCCCCUGCAAGAUGCCAAAGUAGUAAAUUGUGGUGAACUUGUCUUAAAGACUAAACACAAACAAAAACGAAAAGAAAAAGUUAAAGAUAGUGAAUCCGAAUCAGAUUCUGAUUCAGAAAAACCAAAAAAGAAGAAAUCAAAAAAGAAGAAGUGGGAUGUUACAGCUGAAGAAGCUAAGGAAGAACUCGAAGAAUCUAAACUUUCAAAGGAUGAAAUUCCACAUCCACUUGUAUCUACAACAAAAAUAGAUCCAGAUGAAAUUCCUCAAGUGCCUGCAAAUCGGUUUUUGGAUAGAGGUGCAGCAACAAAUAAUGCAAACCAAAGACAAUUUUUCAACCGUAGACAAAACUUUAGAACAUCACCUGGAGGUAGAACUUUUAAGGGACGUGGUGUUUGCAGAUAUCGAUCUUUUUCACGUAGUCGUUCAAGAAGUAUAACACCACCUCAUUGGAAGCAAGCUCAAAAAAGGGUUCCUAGGCCAUCGCAAUGGGAUAGACCUGAUGAAGAUGCUCUAAACGAUGAUAAGAUAAGAAAUCAUAAUAAAUAUGAUAAUCAUUCUUCACAUAGUAAUGGUAAAUCACAUAGCGAUGGAAAGUCACAUAAAGAUAGGAAAUAUAGCGACGAAAAAUUAAAUAAUGACGAAAAAUCUCAUAGUGAUGGGCUCAAAAAAGAAUCAGAAAAAGAAAACAAACAUAAGAAGGAUAAAGAGUCGGUAAAGGAUGGUAGUAGCCCUAAACAUCAUAAGCGUGAUGUAGCAUCAGAAAAAGAAAGACGGAAUUAUCGCUCAAGGCAUGAUUCUACUGAUCGAGAUGAUCAAUCCAGAAGCAAACAUAAGAGCAGUAAACAUGAUCGUCAUCAUCGCUCAACUAGUAGACAUCGCGAAGAUAGAACUCAUCAUAGCAAAUCUUCUCAUAAGAGAUCUCACCACGAGUCUUCAUCAAAUUCCAGAAGCAAAUCAUCACAUCACCGAUCACACAAAGAUUGAUCUAGCGGAAUAAAAUUAUAAUUGGUAGUUUGAAUCUACCAAACUUAUAUUUAUUAUAUUUUGUAAUCUAUGGAGUAUGGUUUUGCAUUUUUAUUGUAUUUCACUACUAUCAAUUUUGAUAUUGUAAGUUUUAGCUCCAUAUUUCGCCACA